AUGCUCGACAAAACGCAAAUCUAUGUAUCAAUUACUUGCAGAAUGAUCCAUGGUUUGCGUAUCAAAGAUGGAAAAGCUUCAUAUGUUUCCCGCUUCGUGAAAACUUCUCGUUUUAAACAAGAAGAAUACUUUAAUGGCUCUAAAUUUAUGAAGAUUGGAGAUCUCAAAGGUCUAUUUGGACUGUUGAUGGUUAACAUGCAAAUGUUAAGAGCUAAAUUGAAAAUAUUCGACGUUUCUUAUGGACACGGAACAGCUAAUACAGCUCUUGUAUAUCACCAUCAGAAGCUUCUAGCACUCUCCGAAGGAGACAAACCUUAUGCUAUUAAAAUUUUAGAAGACGGUGAUUUGCAGACACUUGGCAUGCUAGAUUAUGACAAGAGAUUAGGCCAUAACUUCACUGCCCAUCCAAAAGUUGACCCAUUUACUGGGGAGAUGUUUACACUUGGAUAUUCACAUACAGCACCAUAUGUCACAUACAGGGUAAUAUCAAAGGAUGGUUUUAUGCAAGAUCCUGUUCCAAUAACAAUAUCAGACCCCGUUUUGAUGCAUGACUUUGCCAUCAGAGAAUUAUUCAAUAUUUACGGACCUUCCUCUGAAAUGGUGAAGAAUAAGACCUUGAUAUUCUCAUUUGAUUCAACCAAGAAAGCUCGUUUUGGUGUCUUACCUCGGUAUGCUAAGGAUGAGAAGCAAUAUCAGAUGAUCUUAUUUUCUCGCUAUCUUCGUGAGUUCCCUGUAGGCGUCACAUGGAAUAUGUAUUGUGAAAACUGCUUAGAUGAUUGUCGCGGACAUUCUACUGGAUGUUUCAUGGGAGAGAAUGAUAGAAUCAAUUCAGUAUCUAAAAGAGAGAUUCAGAAACAAUACAAGAAAAAUGAUAAAAUUACUGAUUUGAUUAAAGAAAUAGGCUAG